AAAACAGUUGUGAGUAACGUUGAAAUACAGCAAAGAUUUGAUGAUCUCUUCUGAAUAAAUAAAUAAAUUCUGUUCAUCUAUUGUUUAUAUUUACAAUAAUCUUCUGUUUUUACAUUAUUUGGAUCUCACCUCUUUUAAGUCCGGACAAUUGUUGAAAUGGCUAAUAUUGACAUCCAUAAUUCGUUUCGAGAAUUAAGAAAUGGGAAAAAGAUACCGAUUAGACGGAAGGAGCCAGAUUUGAAAAAAAGGAAAAAAGUUGAACAGGAAGCGCAAAUUAGUGAUGAAGUAGAAGAAAUUAAUGAAGAUAGUGACAACUUAAACGAGGAACCAGAAGAAAAAGAUGACUCUGAAAAUGAUGAUGAAGAAUCGGAUAACAACGAUUAUAACAAAGGAUAUUACGCUGAUGUCACUGAUGAAUUAAAUAAAAUGAAGAAUGAUCUUUCCUUUGAAAAAUCGAGUGAUGUACAGGAUAUUCAUUUGAGAAAAUUAGAUACCAAACCAUCAUCAGGCAACUGUGCAAAAUAUACCAUUUGGAUCUCUAUUUUAAUUGCUAUUGUUGGUAUUCUUGCUGUUUGUCUAAAUAAUGGACUGAUGGCAAACCGUGAUCGUGAUAAUCAAAGUGAUAAAUUAGUGUUAUGGAAAAAAGCUUUUACUAAUUUACUAGAUAAAUAUGGAGACGCUCUACCUGAAAUAAGCCAAAAAGUGAUAAAUAAAAGUGUUCAAAGUGUUUUAAAGAGACAAGUUCCUUCUGAAAAGUUCAACAAUUGUGAACCUGCGGUAAUUCUGUUGAUCGGAUCGAAGCAUAACAUGCAAGCGGUUAAAUGUAUUUUUCUAGAGUUGUCUCGUUCAGUUGCCAAAAUUUUUGGGGAAAAGCAAUCUCCAGUUCUUAAUGCUGAAAAAAUGACAAGAAUCGACCUGGAUAAUCAAUUUCACGAUAUUUUAGGGCAUCAAUCUUUGCAUUCAAUUGCACUGGAUGGAAUUGAACGGUUGAAAGGAGAUGAUGCUCUCUCAUUACAUCCUUUUACUGAUCAUGACAAAGCUCCUUACCUUGAUGUUAUCAUUAUUUUGACUGCAUACUCUAAUUCCCGUUUCACCAAUUCAAGUCUGCAAAUUCAACAAAUUGAUAGUAUUGCCAAUAACAUCUUGGAACUUUCUUGGGGCCAAAUUCUUCCGUCAGAACAAGUUGCAGGAUUAUUAAGCAGAAUAACUCCAAGUGUUGCCAUUGUAUCAGAUACAAACGAAAGCCAGAAUUGGCAUUGUGAAUAGAUUAUUCCAAACUUUUAAUCAAUUUUACUUUUUCAAACACUUUUCAAAAGUGCUUCCAAAUACUUAGCAAUUUGUGCUUGGUUAAUAACAAAACUAUGUUCUAAUUUUGAUUAAAAUUUAUCGCAUUUUAACUCAGAAUUUUAAACUUCAA